AUGAUUUACCAGGAUGCCGCCAUAGCGAUAGGUGACCUGGUAGUGAAGUCGAAGCGGGUGGCGCGGAUCUCCUUCUCCAACACCAUCCUGUCCUCUUCUGUUAGCAUGCUGCUGAAGAGACCGCCUCUACAGCCCACCUUCUUCCAGUUCCUUUGGCCCUUCGACAUAGGCCUCUGGUUCAUGAUAGUGGUCUUCUUCCUGAUCGUGGGUUUGUCUCUGUUCCUCAUGACGAAGUACGACACUACUCAGCGAACGGCUGAGCAGAAGUUUGAUCUCAAGGAGAGCAUGUGGUAUUCUCUGAACGUCAUCUUACAAGGUGCUACCGAGUUCUCGCCUCAGACUACAUCCAUGAGGACCAUUGUGGCGUUCUUCUGGUUCUGUACCCUGAUCAUUACUGCAGCAUACACGGCUAACCUUGCUGCUUUUCUCACUCUCAAGCAGAUCGACGUUCGCAUCAAGACCAUGCAGCGCCUUGCAAGUCAAUCCUUG